ACACGCAUCCCGCUUCCUCCACUCUUCCUCUCUCUCUCUCUCUCUCUCUCUCUCUCUCUCUCUCACACACACACACACACACACACACAGAUACUCACUCUCUCUCAGACUGAAACAGCAGGAGCUGGGACCCAAGGACGUCCGUCCACAAGGAGGCUAGAAAUGGAAAGUUUGAACCACAGGCUGAACAAACAUAUUGACUCAUGGAUGGGUCCCAGGGAUCCUCGUGUGAGAGGCUGGCUACUGCUGGACAACUACCUGCCCACUCUGGCCUUCACUAUCAUCUACCUCCUGAUCGUGUGGAUGGGACCAAAGUACAUGAGGAACAGACAGCCUUUCUCCUGCCGGGGAAUCUUAGUGGUGUAUAAUCUGGCACUCACCUUUCUUUCCUUUUACAUGUUUUAUGAGCUUGUGACUGCUGUGUGGCAAGGCGGCUAUAAUUUCUUCUGCCAAGACACUCACAGCGGAGGAGAGGCUGACGACAGGAUUAUUCACGUGCUGUGGUGGUACUACUUCUCCAAGCUCAUUGAGUUUAUGGAUACCUUCUUCUUCAUCGUGCGCAAAAACAACCACCAGAUCACAUUCCUGCACAUCUACCACCAUGCCACCAUGCUGAACAUCUGGUGGUUCGUCAUGAACUGGGUGCCAUGUGGACACUCCUAUUUUGGGGCCUCCUUUAACAGCUUCAUCCAUGUGCUGAUGUACUCUUAUUACGGGCUCUCAGCUAUUCCUGCCAUAAGGCCGUACCUCUGGUGGAAGAAGUAUAUAACACAAGGACAGCUGAUCCAGUUCGUCCUGACCAUGAUCCAGACAUCCUGUGCUGUGGUGUGGCCCUGCGGUUUCCCAAUGGGCUGGCUGUAUUUCCAGAUCAGUUAUAUGAUCACCCUUAUUAUUUUCUUCUUAAACUUCUACAUACAGACUUAUAAGAAGCCCGGGGCUGCGCUGAAAAAGGAUCAGCGACACAACGUCGUUAAAUCUGUGAACGGCCACUCGAACGGUGCGACUCACACAGAAACAGUAAAGCACAGGAAGAGGGCAGAUUGAGGAGCUGUCCAUUCACCCAGUUCCUCUAUAUCUGCGUAACACUUCUGUGAAUGUGUUGAAAGACUUCCCCAGUCUACACACUGCAGAGAGAGAGAAGCAAAAUAAAAGCAAAUCCAUAUUAAUCUUGAAGAGAGUCAUAACAUUUUGCACACUGUGUCCUGUUAUUGUUCCUAUUGAAUUCAAAGACAAUACGAGGAGAAACACACUGUAGUUUAAAAAAAAAAGUUAUAACAGGGUCUGAGUUCUGUAGAAUGUCUUAGAGUAUAUUAAUGUCUUGUAUGUGUGACGGCCUGGGAAAACCCAUCGGAUAUUGUCAGUGCGGCUGAAUUCUUCAGAACGGCUACUUUAAGAAAACAUAAAUAUAUUUCACCCAAAAGUUAUGUAGAAAUAUUUUGAUUUACUUUCUAACCUUUCCUUGGCUUUCUGCAAACAUCAUGUUAGGUUGACAAGGAUCCAGUUUAACAAACGCAACUGUAAAAGCAGUCAGUCUGCCUAAAGAGCGCUAGCUUGCUAGCUAAAUGUGCUUUCUUUGGCCAGGGAACGUCAUGCUUUGAUCAAAUUGUUGGUUAUUUGCCAUAGAGAAUUGGACGUAAGCCAAAUAGAUUCUAUUUCCUUCAUCAAUUUUCACUAAAGUUAUUUUCUUCAUUAACAAGUUACACAUGUAUAUAUCAGCAUAGUGUUUGUUUACGCCUGUCAGCUCAGGAUAAUAUUAAAUCAGGUUAAAGAUCAUUGCAAAUGAGAUAAUAUAGACAUGACAACAGGAUAAUAUUAAAUCAGGUUUAAGAUCAAUAUAAAUGAGAUCAUAUAGAGAUGACAACAGAGUAACUGAACACUGGACAUCUAGUCCAUACUGUAAAUAUAAUGAAUUCUAAUAAUCUAUAACAGUUACCUUUUUUUUAAUAAAGUAUAAGAUAUUAAACAUGGAAUGACAGCUGGAUGGACGAGACUUCAGAAUAGCCUGUUAGUCUGUAGGCUAUGAAAGACAGGAAUAAGGUUAGACUUAGGUUUUAUGGUCAUGUUCAUUAUUUUAAUCUUUUACUGAUCAAAUAUAUAUUUCAUGUGUGAAUUAAAUCAGUUAAUAGCAGUUGCUUUUACACAACCAGUGUGUUUGUGUUGCCUGUCAGUAAAAUCAGAACAGAAUCUUUAAAACCUCCAUAUUUGUUGGUAACCAAAUUGUAAAACGUCAUAACUAUACUUGUGGUUGAGAUACAUGCAAAAGAGAAACAUGUUUCAGAACUACGUGUAGUACAAAUUUGAAAAAAUCUCCAUGUGAAGGGUUUUCCACGGCCGCCACACAUAUUUUUAUGAUUGUUUUAAUGGAUGAGACUGUUUUGAACACAAAAUGGAAAUGUGCUUAUACAAAAAAAAAGCUAUAAUUUGGAAAAUUGAUAGAUGAUAAUAUUUAGAAAAGGGUACACAGAAGCGAUAAUUGCAAUGUUUUGCAAUGGGGUCCAAAAGUUUUUCUUUUUUAUUACUUUUAUUAAUUUAGAAAAUGUAAUAAUUUGAUCACUUAAUUCUAUUAUCAUCAGUAACAUGAGUUCAAAAUAUUUACAUGAAUUUCAUGUAAUUUUAUUAUUUCCCCAGUGCAUUUGAGCUGGCAUGGACUCCACUAGUUUGUAAAACCUGACGAUUCAUAUUAUAUCGAAUCCAUUGCAGUGUCCUCUGAACAUGUUUAAUGGAAUGGAUAAGACUCAAAGAAAACUUGAUUUGUGGAAAGCCAUUAACAAAUUUGCUUACAUUUUAAAUAGGAACCUAGAAAUAGUGCAGCAUCUUGAAUAUUAAAUAGUUCUUAAACUUUCUGUGUAUUGUAGUGUGGUCUCAGACUUUUGGACCCCACUGUAUAUGCAAUACUUUGUAAGGAUAUUGUGAUUUUUAAGCACAUAAAAUAUGCUGUAUGAAUAUUACAGCCAUAUAACUCACUGUCAGAUGCAAAACCAUCAGGUCUAAAUAUAGCUAAUAUUGUUUUAUCAUGUCUUGCAUUGAGAAACAUAGGACUUUUAUGAUACAUGCUGGUGCUUCACGUUUAAAUCAGCGGCUUACGAGAUACAUGACCAUUCAUUCUUUUGUAUAGUGAUGCUCAGCUAUCCAAUAUCAUUCCAGCCAAACACCUGAGACAAAACCGUCUAAAUAAGCAAUGUCACUUGAACAUAGAUUAGAUUAAACCUCGCUGGCGUCCAUUUGAAUUGCGAGAUAUUCGAUAUUUUAUUUGGACUUGCAGUGGUCUGAGAGUCUUAGUGAUCCAAGAUUCAUUAGGCAGUCCAUGAAUCACAGAAUCAACUAUAUAGUCUGUUAGAAAUAAAAUGUCCAUCAUACAGAUUAACUAACGAUUUCUAAUGGAAUAGCGACUGAUUUAUUUGAAUAAAGUAAUAAUAUUUGGUUCACAUGAUGAUUUUGUUUAGCACUGUCUGAAAUACAUGGGCAUCAAUUAGUGCAGCUUCUAGAAAAAUAAUAAUGAAGAAAGAGAGAAACAGUUCCUAAACCUCGAACAUAAGCAUCAUUAAGCAUCGUGAUACGGUAUGUUACUAUAAAUUGUGCCAUAAAAUAUAAACCAGUCUAUUCCAUUUAUGCGCAUAACUCUAAUCAAAUCAAUUAGUCUGUUUAGAAGUCUAGGCUUGUGCACCAUUUGCACUAACCGACCACUUUAUUAGGAACGCCUGUAGAUCUGCUUAUUCAUGAUUCAUGUAGUUGUCAAAUCAGCCAAUCAUGUGGCAGCAGCACAACAUUGAUCAAGAGCUUCAGUUAAUUCCUGGUCUUGGCUGAGUGUUGUGCAUUCGGAGAUGCUUUUCUGCUCACCAUGGUUGUAACGAGUGGUUACUGAGUUACCAUAAACUUCUUGUCAGCUCAAACCAGUCUUGCCAUUCUGCCCUGACCUCUGUCAUUAAAAAGCUGUUUCUACUCUGGAUGUUUUUGUUUUUCGCACCAUUCUGCGUAAAAUCUAGAGACUGUUGUACGUGACAGAUCCAACACCCGUGGCAAGGCACGGUCAAGUCAUCACAUUUUCCCACAUUCUAAUGUUUAAUGUGAACAAUAUCUGAAACUCUUGACUUGCAUGUGCAUGAUUUUAUGCAUUGUGCUGCUGCCACUUGAAUGGUUAAUUGGCUAACUGCAUGAACAAGCAGGUGUACAGGUGUUCCUAAUAAAGUGGUCAGUGAGUGUAUUUCAGUGACUGUAACUGUACACUUUAAACUAUAAUACAUGUACCACUACCUGUAGCUAUACUGUCUCUCUGAACAUUGCCUUAAAAACAUAAUGCAACCUUGCUAGCAUUUUCAACUAGCAUCUCCUCUGUGUGUAUUCUAUGUGAUGUUUUACAUGACAUAGAGUUCAUUAUUGUAACACUAUGUAUAGUGACAAGACAUUGCUUUAGAUGAUCUAAGCUCUUAAUUGUUCGAAGAUCAUGUGUUGUUGUAACAAUUUUCAAAUCGUCAUGCAGGAAAAUGCAUAAAAGCUACGGUAGAAACUGUGUUGUUAUUGUGAGUGAAAUAAAUAAAGGCCUUAGUGUUUACCCUGA